CGCGGUAUUUGCAUGUGUACCUUUGACUCUGCCUUAUCUCGGUAUUAGACUGCGUCAUCUGCUCCGGUGUGGACGCGGUACUGAGCGUCUGAAGUAGAACAUCUACAACACGAAUUAGACCACACGAUCAAAGAUGCUUCUUGUUGUGCUGUUUGUGCAAGCAAUUCUGGUUACGAUUUUUUACGGUUGUGAAGGUGCUGUUAAUGUACAAGUUCCAUCAGAAGUUGCUGAGAAGGGGUCAGCCACUUUAUUGUGCAUCACCGAUGAGACUGUGAUUCGAUGGACGAAAGGACCGAGUCAGACUGUAAUAGAUAGUGGCAGGCUUAGACUCCGUAGUGAAAGCAAGGAGUUGGAUAUUCUCAAAGUACAAAAAUCAGACGAAGGCACCUACUAUUGUCACACCAGGAACACAAAUGGCAUCAGACAUAGUCACCAUGGUAGAAUGGUUGUGAUUGUUCCACCGACUGUUCGUGCACACGGUGCGUUUGCACUUGAAGGCAAGAGUGUCACUCUUCGCUGCACUGGAUCUAACUUUUUUACUGUUUUGUGGAAGUUUAAUGGUGUGGAGUUGCAUGGAAAGUCGACUUCUAGAUACUCAUUUGAUGGUGACAGUGGAGAGAGUCUGACGAUAUUGAAUGUGACAAAGGCAGAUAAUGGAACGUACAAUUGUUCGGCCUCAAACAACCUAUUCACUGUAUUUGCACUUGCAAAUCUUAGUGUCCAUGAUCCUCCCACCAUUGUUUCUCCUCCAGUCAAUCUUUCAGCUCGACUGAAUCUCGCAGCUCUGAGUACAGACGAUGCAAUGAAGAGUUCAUCAGAUUCUGAGAUAGUUGUACUCUCGAGUAAUGUCACUCUAUUGUGUGCAUCAAGUCAAGGACAAGUCGAGUGGAGAAAGUAUCAGCGUAUCAUUGACUUGUCGGUUAAUCCCAGAAUAUCACAACUCGGCAGUGGAGCAAUCUUGAUUUCGAAUGUGGAAUACAACGACAGUGGAGUGUAUGAGUGCUUGAUGACUGAUGGUAGUGACACCGUUGUGGCUCGUCGGGAAAUCUCGUUAACAGUUGAAGGACCUCCUGCAGCUCCAAUAAUUGAUCGUGUCGUGGUUGUCAAUCAGUCUUACGUACAUGUGGAGUGGUCAACACCCUUGCGUGCUGGCCGGUCGCCUGUUAGGUGCAAAGUUGGUGUUAAGUGCGGCAACCAAUCAGAGUGGAGAAAUACAUCUCUUCCAGUGUUGCAACGUUCUGCAACUGUGGAUUGUGAAGGUGCAUCGGAGUUGUGCUAUGUUGUCGUAGUGACAGUGAAUAAUCACGGAGAAGGGGAGUCUGAUAUUCGACAGCUACACAUGGACAUGGGCAAUACAAACUAUCCAAGCACACAAUAUGAAGCAAGCAGCUGGAAGAUCACUCAUGAUGAUGCAUCAACAGCCAAGACUCUUGUAAAUAUUGAUAUCAAUAAGAGUGAAAAAUUGCAUGCUGCCAAAUCAGUAGACAUUGGGCCUGUCGUUGGACUGUCUCUGGCAAUUGGUUUGAUUAUGUCCGGAGUGAUUGUAGUGGUGGCCAUUGUUUAUGUCAGAAGAAAGAAGGGUGAUAGAACAGCAAUGAGACACACUGGUGAUCAUGAUGCUGUCGUGGUAGACAACAGUCAACAAAGAGAAAUAUCUAAUCUUACUUCUCAAACCGAGUCAAUCCCACCUCAAACUGACUGCACAGACUCAAACAGUGCUUCAUCAGACACAUAUACUGCAAACUGUUCAUACACAUCAGGAACAACAUCAUCUAGUGCAGACCCUACGUACAGUGAGUUGGUGACUUGUGGCCCAAGCCAAACGACCACAAAAACUGUUCAUAAGUAUGAAAACGUGAGUCUAAAAGAGGGUGUCUACUCAAACUUGUCUCAGAUUGGCAUACUUCGCAACACUGCAAGAGAUGACAAACUGGCGUUGUGUAGUAUGGAUGUUGAUCUUUCAUCAAGCGAUCGGUCACCAUGUCGUCCUGUGUUGAUUGCUCGAGACACAUAUGGGGCUCGGUCAGCUAGUGAGAUUUGCUACCUCAAGGCAGGAGAGGACGUGCACCAGGCAGAAAGUCACUGAGUGAUGGUUGUAGGAUGCUAUGUAUUCAACAUAAUAUGUAUGGAGGACGUAGUGGGAUGCAUGAAGUACACUACUUAUUGGUCGUUUAGAUUUGAAUGGUUGGUAUGCUUAACUAACUACGGCAGUUUGUUAUAAGUAAACUGUUUUACAUUGUUGA